CGCCAAUUUUUUCGCAGAGGAUGGGAGAGACAGAAAAGGUGGUGCCGGAGGCGGAGGAGCUACCCAAAGCUAUUGUGCGCCGGGUGGUGAAAGACGAGCUCUCACGGUGCUCCAAUGACGGAGAUAUUUCCAUUCACAAAGAUGCCCUUCUCGCUUUCUCGGAAAGCGCGCGGAUCUUUAUCCACUAUCUCUCUGCAACGGCCAACGACAUAUGCAAGGAAGCAAAGAGGCAGAUAAUAAGCGCCGAUGAUGUAUUUAAAGCUCUUGAAGAGACCGAGUAUUCCGAGUUUGUCGGGCCACUAAAAGCUUCUCUUGAAGAGUUUAGGAAGAAGAGUGCUGGAAAGAAAGCGGGUGCAUCAAAAGAAAAGGACGUGAAAAAGAAAAGGAAGUUAGAAGGUGAGUCAUCUGAUAAAGACGAGGAAGUUGACAACAAAUAAGAAGUUGGGAGGGCAGGAUCGAAGAGAAGUUGAAGUUUUCAUGACUGCCUGUGUUAUUUGUGGUUUAAAAUUUGGAUAACACGCACGAAAUAUUGUCGCAUUUUAUGCUGCGCACAACGUAAAAAAUAUGGCUUUCAGUAAUGCUCGUGCCUCACCACUCCUCCCCCUCGGCUCUAGGCAGAUUGAAGAAAAUGACUGGCUUCCCUCUUGGCUCUACUCCAAUUUUUACUAGCAAGUUUUUUAUUAGCUCAAAAUCUGCGGGGGAUCGUAUCCUUUCACAAAAGCAUGUCGGUUAAAUUUGUGUUUCAGUACUAUUUAUAAGCUCACCCUCUUUGGGUCAGUCAUUCAUAAGCUCACCUUUAAUUUCAUAAACUUCACACAA